GGCAACAAACACUAUCCGAACAUUGUUACAAGCUACCCAUGAACUUUUACCACAAAAGUCAAAUCAGUUUUCCAAAAGUAACAUACACUAGUACCUUGACGAUAACUAAGAUUAUUACCAAGUAAUUAGCUACAGGUUUCAGGCGGAUCCGGUUGUCCAGACUAUAGAGCCUGCAGUCAUGUCUGAAGAAGUGAUCAUCAUGGAGUGGGCAGCGGCUGGUGCAUCAGAAGAGGGAUGUCAAGCCCAACUCAUUACAGUGUUUCCUGACAGCCUGGUCCAGAAUGUAUUGGUGAACACCGUGGUACAAGGCCAAGAGGAGGAUCAUCCACUACUAGAUGACAAUGGCAAUGACCUCUAUUGUGAGGAGUGUCAUGCCUCCGACAAAGACCAGUGUGAUAUCCAAGGUGGUCUGUCCUUCAUGCUGGACUCUCCCACUCCAAUGGGCUUACCCCAGAGGGCCCUCCUCACCUUACCCCACGGGCUGGUGGUGGGCAGGUCCAGUAUCCCCGGGGCAGGCCUGGGGGUUCUAAACCAAGGGGCAGUUGUGGCCCCAGGAAUGCACUUUGGCCCCUGUGAGGGGGAGGUGACUACCAGGGACAGCGCAGUAACAAGUGACUACUCCUGGGAGGUCUGGAACAGUAAGGGUGAAUCUGAGUACAUUGAUUCUGCAAGAGACACUCAUUCCAACUGGAUGAGGUAUGUGAACUGUGCUCGUAGUGUAGAGGAGGGUAAUCUCAUAGCACUCCAGUACAGGGGGAUUGUUUUCUUCCACUGCUGCCGCUCCAUCCUCCCAGGAGAUGAGCUCUUGUUUUGGCCUGGGGGCAGAUUCAUCGACAGGUUUAGGGACCCCUCUGACCAAAUCUGGCUCCGAAAGAGCACCCCUUCAGCAGAUUUGUCGUCUCAGGUUUUCCUUUGUAGUCAGUGCCAGCUUUCUUUCACCACCGAGACCUACUUCCAAAGACAUAAAGAGCAAAUACACCCCCUGGACCUAUCACCUGCGUCUGCACUGAGUGAGCUUGACAAUCACCUUUCUAACGGUAACAUGGACCCAGACCCUAUGUCGUCCUCUCUCGGUGAGUUGGGCUACCGGUGCCCUCAGCGUCCUAAGAGCUUUAAACAGAAGGGCCACGUCCAGAGAAACAUGCAAGCUGUCAACUCCGUCAGACCCUACUGCUGCCCCCAGUGCAGGAAGUGUUUCGCUCAGGUGUACGUCCUGGCGAGGCACCAGCUACGAGUUCACGGAACGAAGAAGAAGCGUGGAGUAGUAGAGGUCAGAGGGGAGAGUUCGCUCCCGCCUCCUUCUGACAGUGCCUGGGAACCCAAACCUCCGUCCAUUGAUCCACCUACAGAGACCCAGACAGGGAGAGCUCCCUUACAGAGACUGAGUAACCUCAGGGUAAAGUCCAUCAGGAACUCUAAAGCCAAAACUAACACACUGAAACAAAGAGAAACUAUUAUCAAGAAGAGGUCCCAUUCAGAUGCUCCGGACAUGGAGGAGGAGAGAGAUGCUGUAGGAGAGGCCCAGUACAGAUGCACUGAUUGUCAGAGAACCUACGGCAACCCAGAGUCCCUUAAAGCCCAUCAGUGCAUCCCGGUCGUGGUGGGGCCGCAGCCGUACUCUUGCACUAUGUGCGGGGUUACCUUCAAACGGUACACCACCCUGAAGAAGCACAAGCUCAACAAGCACCCGAAGGAAAAGAUGCUUUAUUGCUGCACCCACUGUGGAAGGUUCUUCAGUCAGGCUGCCGGUCUACAGCGUCACCUGGAGGCUGAAGUAUGUAAGAACAUCCAGCUGAGCUCUAAAGCUGUCCCCUGCUCCUACUGCCAGUUCUCCUUUACCGAGGAGAGGUUCCUCCGGAAGCACGUUAAGAGACACCACCCUGAUGAGUAUGUCUCUCAGGCCUCAGGCCUGGGCUCAGGGCUCAUUCAGCCAGAGCAGAAGGCCGGAGAAGCAGGAGAGGUCCACCUGUGCUUGCAGUGUGGAAAGAGCUACGAGUACAUUCAAAGCUUCAAAGCUCACAGGUGUUUCCAGUCAGUCACAGCCAAACUGCACUUGUGCAAUGACUGUGGGAAAGGUUUCUCUUGUUUCUACAGCCUUAAGCAGCAUCAGCGGAUUCACACGGGAGAGAAGCCAUACCGCUGCCAUUACUGUGAGAAGUGUUUUAGCCACUCUGGACAUCUCAAUGUGCACAUGAGGAUACACACAGGGGAGAAAUCUUUCCUUUGUACUGAGUGUGGAGAGAGUUUCCGUCAGUCUGGGGAUCUGAAGCGCCAUGAGAGAAAACACACUGGGGUGAAACCAUGUACCUGUCCUGAAUGUGGGAAAAGCUUCAGUCGACCUCAGAGUCUGAAAGCUCACCUAAUGCUGCACAACGGAGAGAGACAGUACAAGUGUGAUCAGUGUGGGAAAAGUUUUUCACGAAAUUAUCACCUGACGAGACACCAUGAAAAGACACACUCAUAAUUUGGUUGCACCACACACUAUUGACUAUUGGGUUUCUUUGAAAACACUUGGUUAAGUUUAUAUAUACCCAUUGCAACAUUCACAGCUGAGAAUACCACUUCAUGUAAAAUAAUGUGAUUUUUGUUUCUACUUUGGUUUUCAAAGAAAAGGACAAUGUGUUAUAGGCACUACAAGUCUUCCACCAUGACCACCCUGCUUCCCUACAAGCUAUGGGUAUUGAUCAUGAUCUGGCCUCAAUUAGAAAAGGGGACCAUCUUAAACAGCUAAACCAAAGGGAACAUUUUGGGAUUUACAAACUACAGGCCACUAAGUACCCUGGUUUAACAUUUACAUUUACAUUUACGUCAUUUAGCAGACGCUCUUAUCCAGAGCGACUUACAAAUAGGUCGGGAUUGAAGAUGAAUGAAUAUAUGGAUUUAUUACCUUUCCUGUAGGGUCGUGAGAGGUCCCUUUGCUGUCAUCUAGGGGACAUUUUGUUCAGCUAUGUUUAGACUGUUGUGGUGCAUGUUUGCUGUGUUCUAGUGUACUAUAAAAUAGAUGGCGCUCCUAUUCUUAACACUUUGCCCAGUCAUAUUCAAGGUUAGAACUACCUUUCUAGGGGUUCUGAUGCUCCUAGCCUUGAGAUGCAUUUUUUUAUAACAUAUCUACAGUAUUUCACUUUUGAAUGUGUAUAGUAUUGUUUACUAGGUGUUGUCCAAUGAAUUAUGUAACCACUCCCUCUUCAAAUCAGGGUUGAUUGGAAAAAGCUGUUCAAAAGAGGACAUUGUAUUAUCGUAUCUUUGUACUCCCUGGCGAAGGCCAUGCAGCCAAAACGCGUCAGUCAUUCAUCUUUGUUUGCAGUGAACAAUACAAAUAAAGGCUUUUUAAUUGA